GUCAAUCUUAAGUCUGGUCUCCUUACCAACAUCAUCAUUCUUAGCUUCCUCUUAACUUCACAUCUUCUGAAUAUCUCCGCUCCCACUCCCAUCUCAAUCAAUCUUUCGAAUUCCGAUGGCCUUUCUGCUGCUUCUCUUCCUCCUCUUCCCCUGCCAAUCUCACGCCCAACAGCCCUACGUCAACAACAAGCAGCUCGAUUGCAACCAAAACGACACCACCACUCUCGGCUUUGUCUGCAAUGGCGCCUUCACCUCCUGCCCCUCUUACCUCACUUUCCGAUCCACCCCCACUUACAACAGCCCCGCCACCAUCGCUUAUCUCCUCUCUGCCGAUGCUUCCCAGAUCGCCUCCGCCAAUAACGUCUCUGAUGUCGACUUGCUUCCCGACGACACUCUAGUCGUCGUUCCCGUCAACUGUUCCUGCUCUCGAAAUUAUUAUCAGCACAGCGCCUCCUACAUUCUCAAACACCAAGGAGAGACCUACUUUACUGUCGCCAACGACACAUACCAAGCCCUCACCACCUGCCAGGCCAUGGAAGCCCAGAACCCUUACAAUUUCCGUGACCUAUACCCCGACUUAAGGCUCAAUGUUCCCCUCCGCUGCGCUUGCCCCACUCCCAUCCAGACUGCUUCCGGCUUCAAAUACCUACUAACAUACCUCAUCCGCCAGGGAAACACUUACGAAUCUAUUGCCAGUGCUUUCUCCGGGGCCGGAGCUGACGUCCAAGGCAUCCUCGCUGCCAACGAGCUCACCGUCAACCACCUCAUCUUCUUCUUCACUCCAAUUCUGGUGCCCCUCAAAACUGAGCCCACUAAAGAAAACAUAAAUGCCGUUCCUUCGCCUCCACCAUCCUUUUCCCCUCCCUCACUUUCCACCAUCCCGGCUGCCGGCCAGAACAACGGUUCCCGGAAGUGGGUUUUCAUCGGCGUGGGAGUCGGAGCUGCGGUCUUGGUUCUGUUUGCCUCAGUCCUUGCGGUUUGGUGCUUCUGCUAUCGCCAUCCCCGCCUCCCCGAGUCUCCAUUGCCGCCUCCAAAGCUUGCAGAUGAAUCUGGAGAUGCGGGAAGACCAUUUUCCAACUGGUCUGUGUCGUCUGAGGGCAUUCGGAGUGCCAUAGAAACUCUGACGGUCUACAAGUUUGAGGACGUGGAUAAGGCCACAGGAUCAUUUGCGGAAUCCAACAGAAUAAACGGAUCAUCCGUGUACCACGGUUUUUUCAAGGGAGAUGCUGCUGCGGUUAAGAUAAUGAAAGGGGAUGUUUCGAGCGAAAUUGAUGUGCUCAGGCAGGUAAAACAUUCCAACAUUGUCACACUCUCUGGUUUCUGCCUGCACCAGGGCAUCACCUACCUUGUCUAUGAGUAUGCCGAGAAAGGCUCCCUCAGCAAAUGGCUGCGUCCUGCCAAAGAUGCUGUUGAUAGUGAGAGGCGGCUUGAUUGGAAGCAGCGAGUCCAGGUUGCUUAUGAUGUGGCAGAUGCCUUAAAUUACCUCCAUAAUUUCACCAAUCCUCCCUACAUCCAUAAGAACUUGAAGAGCAGCAACAUCCUUCUGGAUGGUAACUUGAGAGCCAAGGUUGCCAAUUUCGGGCUGGCCAGGAUUCUAGAUACUGAUGAUCAGACCGUGAUGACAAGGCAUGUUGUUGGAACCUAUGGAUAUAUGGCUCCUGAAUACAUAGAGAACGGAUUAGUUACUCCAAAACUUGAUGUUUUUGCGUUUGGGGUGGUGAUGUUGGAGCUCUUAUCUGGAAGGGAACCCAUUGCUAACAUUAGCAACGAAAAGAAGGGUGAAGGUGAUCAGUUGUUGUCUGAAAGCAUAGACGGGGUGUUGGAUGGGGAAAAUGUGAGGGAAAAUCUUCGAGUAUUCAUGGAUCCGUGGCUUGGAGAAGAGUAUCCACUGGAGCUGGCAUACUCAAUGGCUCAGCUCGCUAGGAGCUGCGUGGCUAACAAUCUUGAUGCCCGUCCCCCAUUAUCUGAGGUCUUCAUGGCUCUAUCCAAGCUCCUCUUGUCCUGCUUGGAGUGGGAUCCUUCUCAUGAAACAUCUCUGAGUCUCAGCGAAUAGGAUUUAUCGUAGCUACUUCUCUACAUUCCCGACUGCACGAAUAAAAAUGUAGCUCAUUUAAAAUUAUGCUUGGUGCAGCCUCAGCAAGGUAGCUCCAGGCUAUGGAUUUUGGUAAAAAGGUUGCGGAACUAUCGUAAUGCCAGUUUACCUGGAUGAAUGCUGUAUAUAUCAUGACAACUUAGUUUUAUGUAAUCAUUUUUCAUAUAAAAUAAUCAUGUAAGAAAGGUUUUCUUAAUUGGUA